AUGGAGAAAUUAAAAAUAUUUUUCGAAUCCGCAAAUCUAGAAUGGAAACGUGUUUGUGGAGUUUGUACUGACGGAGCUCCGGCCAUGCUAGGGUCACGUUCGGGGUUUCAAAAGAAAGUCAAAGAACUUGCUCCUGAAGCCAAAGGUACACACUGUGCCAUUCAUAGAUACGCACUUGCAAGUAAAACUUUGCCAACCCCUCUGCAAAAUGUACUAGAUUCGGUAGUAAAAAUCGUAAAUUACAUCAAAUCCGGAAGCCUCAACACACACCAGUUUGAAGAACUUUGCAAAGAUAUGGAUUCGACCCACGAUGUUGUAUUCUUCCAUAUAGCUGUGCAGUGGUUGCCCAGAGGAAACGUUCUAAACCGCAUUUUUGCGAUGAAGGAAGAAUUGAAGUUGUUCUUUGCGAUGAAAAAAACUGAAUUUCUUUCCUACUUCAAUGAUCAAUUGUGGAUGAAUAAUCUUACUUAUUUGGCCGAUAUUUUUGAAAAACUGAACAUUUUAAAUCUGAAGUUACAAGGGAAGGGUGCAGACAUCAUUCAGCUCAAUGAUCAUAUGAGAGCAUUUGUCUUAAAGUUAAAAAACUGGCGCCGGAAGGUAUCUGAAGGGAACUUUGCGAUGUUUGAUAGAUUAUCAAGCGUCAAUGAAGAUUCGGAAAUCUUACAAGAAGAUUUGAAAAACUGUAUUGUAGUAGAGCACCUUGAUUCAUUGCAGUCAGAAUUUCAAAGGUACUUCCUAGACCUAGAAGAAAAUGACUCUACGCUGACACGUAAUCCGUUCUCUUCUUCUCUGGACGUAACCGAUGUACCAGAGAAAGUGUAA